CCUUUUUAGAGAAAACAAAAUGAAAAUUUGUCGUGGACAAGUGCCUGGUUUAAGCGAAUUUCUAUUGCUGUUGCUGUUGCCUCUUGCUGUUAAGUUGAAAGAAGAAUUUUACAUAACAGAAAAUGCACGUAAUGGGACGACGCUGUUUCGUUCGCCGCGUCAAGGUAUGAAUAAAUUAAAUUAAUGUGUUUUAGCAUCGAUGAUAUUAUUAGUUUUUAUCUGCUUGCUUUAGCGGUAAUACCUCAUUACCUUGCUUUCGCUGUACUUACAAAAUUAUUGGUUUAUAUAUUAAAACGUGUAUACACGGAUGUCAUUUUAACAUGGUAAUGAAGAAGUUAUGAAAUAUUUUUUCGCAACUAAAAAGGACCCAAAUUCUAAAAAUCUAUCAAGUAACUUCGUAACUGGUUGCGCUUUCGUCAAACUAAAUUCAGAACUAGUCUAUAUCGCUAAUUGCCUAUACAAACACGAAUAUUAAUAACCUUGAUCCCAAUUAAUUGCAGUAUCUGUAGCAAAAGUAUUAGUGAAAAGAAAGCGCUAUAUUAUCCUCCGUUGAGGAUAUCAGAUAUUAAUUUAUUUAGCCUAGCCAAUAUUUCCAUUCUAGCUAGUCGAGUCAUGUAGUAGCCACGCUAUUUAUACACGGUAUUAUUAUAUAGUAGAGCGUGAGAUGCUGAGAAAUACACAGUGACAUAUUUUCCAUAUCUUCAGUAGUGAAGAUGUCGAUCACGUAACUUUUGGUGUUUAUACAAUUUUUUGCUUGGGACUAUAUAAUAAACAGAACUUUACACGCUGGCUUGAAGAUAUGACUUUUAUCUUCUCGUGUUAAAAACAAUAUUGUUUUCACCACUCGAAGAUAAAAGUCCUAUCUUCGCGCCGCCGUGUAAUAUCCUCUAUGUACACGGCACUAAAUAUACACUUUUUUUCGAAAUUGUUCUGAUAGAUAUUGUAGAUUGUGUACUGUUUUUCAGCGCUCGAAUUCAUGUUGCAAUCUCGUACCCAAAGUGUACCCGUUUGCUGUUUAGGCGCUGGGCAUAAGUUUUAGUUGUGCGCAUCCUCUUGCUCAAACCGCGAUGCUGAAUUUGCGUGGGCGUCAUAUAAGUUGCAAUUAUAAUAUCGAAGAAUUUGUAGAAAAUUUGAUAAUUUUUACAUUGAAAUAAAUUGUAAAAGAUGUAUUUUCUUGUGUUAAAUGUUACAGAAUGGAUAUAAUAUAUGCGGUAUACAUAAACUAAGCAUUUUUUGUGGAUUUUAUACGGUCAAGAAAUGGUAUCGAGAGACUUCGCAAGAAGGUCACUGACGGAGGUUUUAUAGAGGAUGACUGUUGUAUUUUUACUAAUUUUAAUACAAGUUAUAAUGCUUUAGAUUAUUACAUACGAUCAGAUCAGAGUUUCUAUAUACAUUACAAUAUCUAGAAUGCUUGAUGUGCCACUGUGGACCUUUGGCUCCCUAACCUAUUUUGUUUAUUACAUAUUUUAAAAUACUUUGGUGCCUUGAUGUAUAAUAUUAAACUGAUAUCUAAUGAGUAUGAAAAUACUGUUUUCCCUCUAUUACUCUGUAUUCCUUUGAUUUGACAUUGUGCAUUGCAUUCAUAACAAACAGUUCCAUGUUUAUAUGUAUCUAAUUUAUUUAAUUGAGUCAUAAAAUAAUAUGUUCACAAUUCUUGAUGUUUGAAAAUAACUUAAUUAAAUGGAAUUAUGAUUGAUAUAAUAUUUUCAUACCUAUUGGGUUUAACAAUUAACAUAGGACAAUGUGAUCAGGACGGGUGCCUGUCUGAAAGGUAGCAUGCAGGUAUAAGGCAAGGUGUUGCUAAAUUGUCGAUCUAAAUACCUGUGGCACUGAUUGGGAAAUCUGCCAUUAUUUGGGUUCUACAUUACCCUGACCUCCUGACAUUGCUACAUAUCCCUGGGAGAUAAAUCAUACUUUUCAUGUACUGAUGUAUGCCCACAACAGGCGUAUUGCCAAGUCAAGGUUAUAUAAUGAUGCAGGCAGAAUGUAAGAUGCAUGUGGGAUGACCUGCUGCAGCUAUACGACAUUGUGGUAGCCAUACUGGUAUUGUUAGUAUAUAUAAUUUCAGCACAUCAAAUUGUCUUCUUUUAUUGCAGUAACAGACAGUCAUGAUCAGACACUUUUGGUGGAAAGGCUGAAUUUAGGUUGCCACAAUAUAAACACUAUGGUGCUCUAAAUCUCAGUUCUUUAAAUUUUGCCUCAAAAUUCUGGCAUUUAUAGCUUAUUUUAUUCCCAUGCAUGAAUAUAUAUGUUUUCAUGGAUGUUACUAUCAUCCAAAGGCUUUCAGAGAGGGGAGAGUGAUUUGUACCAUAAACUGCUAUCCUAUUUAUUUUCUGUUAAGCCCCAAGCUGGCCAAGCAGCUCAUUUAUUUCAGGCAUGGAGUCUAGAAACUAUAGCACAUACUUUCAUAAUUAACAAUCCGCAUAUAUGCAUUUCUUUGUUGUAAUCUCGAUUUCAGAGGUUGUGGAGGGCUUAAAACAGUAUUUUUUGUUAUAAAAUUAUUACUUUCAUCGAAUAUUUUACUACUAUGGUUGGGUCACAGAAUAUAAUACUUUAAUUUAAUUUAUUUAGGCUAUAUGAAGCUACGUUUACAGGCUGCGAUUAAUUGUGUACGGUUCGUUUUCUGGCGUAUGUCAUUGAGUAAACACGCGUAAGCUGGCUACAUUUAAAAUUUCUUUUUAACUUAAAGAAUGAGUCUCAACCGUGACGCAUUACGCGCUUGACCAGCUAUUUUCGGGGCACCCGAAAAUGGCGGCAUAUUAGGUUGUAUGAGUGCACGAUACGAAAAUAGGUCUGCUUCAAUUUGCAAGUCUGGCAUUUCCCCUCCAAAACGUGGUAGGCCAAGAUAUGAAGUAGGAAUCACAAGAAUUAAAUUAAAGAAGGAUGUGUUCGAAACGUGGCUUUCAAGGAAGGAUUCUCUUGGUUUUUCAAAGAAGACCCAUAGUGAGUUUGCGAUGCACUUGUUGUUGAAUUUCUGCGAGGAAGAACGCGGCGAAAGUAAUUUUAUACCGACCCCUACUGAUGGUAAGCAUAAAACUCUUUUGACCCAUUGCAUGUUUUUACAUGAACUUCGGCUUUAUACAUAUCGGCUUGGUUUUUAAGUUUCAGACGCCAGACAUAUACUUCCAGUAGUCAAUUCAACACCAAAUGGAAAUAGCAACAUGGGAUUAUUUCAUGCUACUUCGUCAAUUUACAAGGAUGAUGUUCACGUUGCGUACAUUGAAGAUUCAACCUCUUCUCAUCAGAAUAUGAAUGUUAGCAGGGUGGAGAGCGUCUACACUUUCAUUAAUCCAGAAUUUGGAAUACAUGCUGGCGAUCCAUCUUCUUCUGAAACCGAUUGUUCAAGUUCAGAAUCAACGGACACUUCGUCGACAAGGUACUGUAAAUUCUAAACUAGGGUAUAGGGUAUAUCUAUAUUUGGAAUUCUGGAUGAUUCGCAAGUUAGUAAUAAAGUGGAAUAAAGAGGUCAAUAUUAAGGUUUAUACAUCAUUCAUAAUCUAAAAGCGAUGUUUGAAAUGGUGAUUACUGAUCAGUUGACUUUUUUAUUGUUUGUGACAGUGACAUAGACAACAGUUUGGGGGAGAAUUGCUGCAGUGAACUCUUUUUCAGUGAUGAUGUUGCGCGGUAAUUUGAAAUUUUGAAUCAUUUUAAAUCUGAUGUAGACUAUUAAUAAUUAAUUAGGUAUCGAUUACUUUUCUGAUAAUAUAAAUCCCAACAUCCCUGGGUUAGAAAUGCUCGUAGAACUACUCAAUAAUGCUGAACUAAUUUGUAAUUAAUUAUUUCCAUAUUUAUGCUGCAGUUUUUCAGAUGAUUACGGUGAUGAAACAACAUUGAGUGCUAUAGACCUGGAAGUUGAUAUGAUAUCUUCAUGCAGUCCCAAUAUAACUAAAGGAGAAGAGGCUAUGGACAUCAGUGACCCAGAAAUGGUGAUGUUGGCAAGGAGCAAAAAUCAGAAUCAUGCCCAGAAAGAAAUGAAAGGUUGCUAAAUCAAAUGAAAUCUGCAUUCAAUGUGUUAAAUGGGAUUGAUAAACGAAACAAUAGGUGCCAGGGAGCACUUUUUUCAAUCUCGUGUUAUUGUGGAUGUGUCUAUUAUGGUGUUUAUUUUUAACAAGGGCUGCCAACAUCUAUCUUGUUGAGGAAAAAGUAAAGUUGUAAAUAAGAAACUUGAAGGAGGUGUUUUAAAAGUGUCAUGGGAAUGUUCCAAAGGUCACACUGGAUGCUGGGCAUCCUCGCAAGAACUCGGUCGGCACCAUGGGGUGGCACCAUAUAUAAUUUAUAUAUGCCAACCCUUUGUUGAUGUCUGCUGGAUGUUUAAUUUCUGGAAAUAACUUUGACAAACUAUUAUUAUUUUGUUAAUUCCUCGGACUUUGUAUCAUUUCAAAUACAACAUACUACAGAAUGCGAACACUCUACGUAAUUCCUGAAGUCACAAGGUACAGGGAGCAGAUGAAAGCAGAAAUUUGGAACAUGCUAUCUGAGGAAACUGUCAUAUUUUGUGGUGACGGACGCAAUGAUUCUCCACGACACGGUGCAAAAUAUUGUAUGUAUGCCUUAAGGGAACAGAGUUUGGAUGUUAUGGUUGAUGUUGAAGUGGUUGAUAAACGUGAAACAGGGGGUGUGUCAACCAACAUGAAAGUUCUGGGCUUGAAAAGGAUACUGGAAAGAAUGGUUGGCAAUAUAAUCAUUUCAGAAAUUGUAACUGAUACAUCGGCUGCUUUUAUUGUCCUGAUUAGAACGAUCAAAGGUACUGUAAUAAAUUGGUAAAUUAUAUAGACAUGUUUUCAGAUUUCAGAAAACACAGUAACCCUCAGGGCCAUAGCAGACAAGGUAAAGAAGGGGGAAUGUGUAAUAUCACAUUUGCCGGACAUUUCAGUCGCCAAUUAAUAUUUUUCCCAAAAUUGCUGUCGAGGGGAGGGGGUGGAGUCAAAAAUGUUUUCGGAACUUACAUUAAUUUAUCGUAAUUUGUUAACAAUUAUCGUAAAUUUUAUUCUGAGCUACUCAAAUAUUUUCGAUGAACAUUAAAUCCAAAAACAAUUUGCCGAGUCAAGCAGGCAUUUUUAGAGAGUGUGAUGAAUUGGGGUGUUAACUCCCCACCCCCAACAAACCCCUCUCUAGCUACGUCCCUGGUAACCCUGGCUAAUAUGUCUUGUUGAGGAAAAUCGAAUAUAACUUGUUUAAUAAAGUUGGUAACUACUUCAGUCAUAUUUAUGUGUGAUUUUAACUUUUCCCAUUGCCAGGUAAAUAUCCCAAUGAGUUCUCUCAUCUCUUUCAUACACUUGAUAUAUGGCAUAAAUCUGUCAAAUUGUCAAAAAAAAUUAGCAAGGUAAAGUAGAUGUACUGCCCAUACAGUCUUACAUACCAUAUAAAUUUACAGAAAACAGUUAUUCUUGAUAUGCAAUUAAAUCUUUUCCUCCCACUUCGCUUGCUGCAUGUAUUCUUGCAUUCGCAAAAGUAAGUAAAUAAAUACUCAAUAUGUAAAUACACGUUCUGUAGUAUACUGUUCAAAAAAUACUAAAAAUAAAAUACUAUAAAAUGUGAUUAUUUUUAAACAUAAAACAAGAAAACUUACUUGAUUUCGAUUACUUUCAAUAUUUUGACGUGCAGGUGCAACUGCCAAAAUCUCUUCGUCCACAGGUCGUACGACUGGCGAUCCAUAAGCGUUCAGAUUGUCUUCUGGAUCAUACUGUUCAACAGCCAGAUCUGAAUCCGAUUCGGAGUCAGACAUCUUCACUUUCUUUACAAAAAAGAGCUCCAAAAAUUGCAAAAUUGGUCGACUAUAAAAUUUUAUAUAUUAAAAACCAGGUGAGAAUUUCCGAGUACAGUGAUACCGCCUGCGUGUUUGCCUGCGGACAGGUUCUUUCAGCGUUUGUAAAUAAACACAAGCGCGCAAUGCAUCACGGUUGAGACUCUUUAUUUAACGAAACGGCAAUGAAUUAUGGCGCCAGCACUCAUUUUAUCACGCCAGAUUACGAAUCGUACACGACAAAUCGUAACGUGUAAGCGUAUAGCCUUUAAUUAUAUGAAUAUUAUGGUAUACCCAGACUUAUAUCCACACAAAAAUUCUAUGCUCGCUAUGUCCAAGCACAAAUCCAGAACCAUAAGCCAGAACCCCCAACACUAGCGGUAACUAGCGCAAUUGAAUGGAAGUAUGAAAUAUUUUAUUCAUCUGGGGCCGGUUGUAUCAAGGCCGGAUAGCGUUAUCCACCGGUAGUGAUUUUUUCAAACUUUGUAAAAAUGCUUGAAAAACUUUGAAACUACGGAUAUAGACGACGCAAGAAGUAUAAAAAACAUUCAACUUAUGAAUACUAAACUUUAAUACGAGUUAUACCAAUCAACAACUGAGUUAAAAAAUUUGAAAAAAUCACUAUCCGGUUUCGUACAACCCGUCCCUGUUUCGCGAAUUCAGCAAUGUCAGUCAGCUUUCAUAUCUGUAAUAUAUACCAUGUUUAUAUAUAAACAACAAAAGUAUUUGCCACAAUAAACGAUACAAAACCCAAAAGUGUACAGAUCGUAUAUAAAUCCUCAUCCAGAAUUAUUAUAAUGUAUAACAUUUAACUCGUAUUUGAAAUCUUGCAAAUAAGCGUAAUUUCGAAUUUGUUUACGUCGUAUUCGGGAAUUUCCAUGUGUAAUACCCCGUUUACACGGUACCGGACCACUGAUCUGAAAUAAGACUGGAUAACGCAUCUAUAGUAUACAAAAGUGAAGCCGGAAAUCACCGGCCGCCACCCGAUUCAAGGGUCCCACUUUUGUAUAGAUUUAUAUUACAGAUGGUAGUUUUUCGCGUUUUUUUGCCUUGGCUACGUUUCUGACCGGGCCAGUUUUAGAAUCACAAAGAUAGAAGCAUACAAGAAGAAUUUUGAGCAAAAAAUGUGGAGUAUUAUGGCUUUAUAACGCCACGAAACGGGAUUUACAAUUUUGAAGGAGUGGAGAGCCUCGCACUUUGUUUAUCAACACGAGCCGUUUUGCUACUUUCAUACAAAAUCAACUCAAAAUAAGAAAUGAAGCAACUACAUUGUGAACGAAAGCGUACAGAGGUUAGUUUUAAAAUACCUUGAGGCUACUUUUAUAAUUAUAUGAAAAUUAGGGACCAGUUUUAAAUGUCAACAUUGUCAAGAACAUUCCCUCGACUUGUGGAGAAGUUUUAUAUGUUUCAAAGUAGGAAGACAAGUGACAAUCAAAUAUUUUUUCAUCCAAAUUAACAAUGACUCAAUCAUAUUGUAGUUUUAAAUGUCAACUUUUUCAUGAACUUUCCCUGGACGUGUGCAGAAGUUUUAUAUGUUUUAAAGUAGGAAGGCAAGUGGCAAUCAAAUAUUUUUUAUCCAAAUUAACAAUGACUCAUUACAAUGUUAUUUUAAUUCAUAUAAUUAUAGGUAUUUUAAAACUAACCUCUGCACGCUUUCGUUCCCAAUGUAGCUGCUUCAUUUCUUCAAAUUUCCCGAAAAUAUUCGUCCAGUAACAGUAAUUCUUGUAUAUUUUGAGUUGAUUUUGUAUGAAAGUAGCAAAACGAGCUCGUGUUGAUAAACAAAGUACGAGGCUCUCCACUCCUUCAAAAUUGUAAAUCCCGUUUCGUGGCGUUAUAAAGCCAUAAUACUCCAAAUUUUUUGCUCAAAAUUCUUCUUGUAUACUUCUUUCUUUUUGAUUGUAUUAAACUGGCCCGGUCAGAAACGUAGCCAAGGCAAAAAACGCGAAAAACUACCAUCUGUAAUACAAAUCUAUACAAAAGUGGGACCCCAGAAUCGGGUGGCUGGCGGUUACUUCCGGCUUCACUUUUGUAUACUAUAGAUGCGUUAUCCAGUCUUAGUACAGAUCAGUGUACCGGACGAAUUUGGAACCGUGCUGAAAUUCGUCCCUUUAGGCCGUGUAAACAAAGCAGAACCACGGAACGAAUUCGAGACCCUCUAACAGGACGAAUUCGUGUGUAAACAGGCCAAAAAGACUAAUUUCAGACCGGUCCACGAUUCGUCCGGUACCGUGUAAACGGGGUCAAAUUCUCCCAUUUGCAACCAAUUUCCGGUAUUGGUGUCAUUGAUCUCACGCCAGCCAAUGAAAUUGAUCAUUUCAUUCCGUUUCUCUGGAGUCAUGCCCAGCACCUAACCUGCGAACGGGUAUACUCUGGGUACCAGAUUGGGUGAGUUGAGCUAGUCGAUCAGUGUCACCGCGAAAUGUAAUCCAACCACAAAACUUCCCCUCAACCUGAUAAACCACUGCUGCUCUUUGCUUUACAUGAAUGCAGUAGCUACUGCUAAUAUCUCAGAUCGCCUGAUUCUGAUCACCAUUCCGUAAUUAUAUCAAGAUAUACAUCAACUAUAUAUCAUCAUUAAGUUCAUUGUCGGAUUUCAUGGCGAUAAAACAUAUAAAUAACCAAUAUAAUACUUUUGUUUGAGGAAACACCACGUAAAUUUAGUACCGCAAAGCUUUCGACCGUAAGCUUUCUUCAAUUAUUAACAUUUCACAUAUUUUUAUAACAUUUCACAUAUUAUUAUUAACAUUUCACAUACACUAAACCCCAAUAUAAGAACCUAGAAUUUGCUGAUUUAUAGAACCUAGAAAAUGAUUUAUAUCAAUAAUCUAAAAAAUAUGACAGUAGCUAUAUGUAAUUUAUACCAACCUUGUAUAAGCAGUUAAAGCUGCACUGAUUGUAAAUAAACUUAUAGUAUAAAAUUUGGACUCUAUUUGAAAUUCUAAGCUGAACUGUUUCGUAUUUAAACGGGGUCUAAACAAAAUGUUUUAGCUUAACAGGUUCUUAAAUUUUAGGUCAGUCUUAAAUGCGGUGUUUUAUACUGUAUUAUUAUAACGUUUCACAUAUUAAUUGUGCUGAUGAAGAUGCCGGCUUGCGGAUAGAAAGCUUAGGCUCGGUCCCAGCCAUUCCCUCUUGGGGGCUCUCUUGGAGGGAACGGCUGGGCGCAUGCAGUGCGUUCCGUGUCUGAUCACGUGUUAUUAAUAAUUUCCAAUAUGCGAUAUUUCCGCAUAAAUUAUAGAACAUUUAUAUGGGUGAGUGUAAUAAAGUCAUUAUUAAAAUAGCUAGAAAUGCUUGGUAGGUAGGAAAAAGAACACAAUGAAUUGAUUGAUGUAUUAUUAGCAUCUGUUUGUGGAUGUUUUGUUUGUUCUAAUGAAGUUGAAAAUGUAAAAUAUCGCACGAAAUUCGUAGGCAGAACGCGGCAAUUGCUGGAAAAUUUUUGUGAUAUUUUGUGCAUUUCUAAAGAAGAAGUGCCAUGCGAUAAAUAUUUGUGCUGUUCAUGCCUGAGACAAGUUAACAAGUGCACCAAACUACAACAAGAAAUUGAGGAUUGUAAAAAUCAUCUCAAGAAAGUUUAUUUAAGUGAGAAUGAAAGAUUUAAACGGUGUUUACCCACCGACGUAGAAACAUCUCCACAUGCAUACAGCGCCCUCAAGGAAAUCGGCUAGGCCUUCAACUAUCGGCAACGUUAAACCCCAAAAACGUAUUUUUAAAAGGAACGAUCUUCCAAAUGAGCAAACUCUGCAUCGAGAAGUCCAAUGUAAAAUUGCUACAAACGCUAUUAAGGAUCUGUCUGUUGUCCCAAAUCUAUAUAAUACGAGCCAUAAUAAUAUUUAAUACGAGACAUAAUUAUGAUAAUUAUUUAGCACCGCGAUUUGCGGUGCCAGUAUUUUGUUUGGCUAAACGGAACAAUACGCACUGCAUCCCUAACAUAUGGAAAGAUGCGUUAAUUACACCAAUUCCUAAAGCGUCAUCCGUAUCCUGUGAGGAGGAGUUGUGCCCAAUCUCCCUUACAGCCUCUUUGUCCAAAAUUCUUGAGGACUUUGUGGUCAAUUGGAUGGUGGAUGACGUGAAACAUAAAAUCAACCCGCAACAAUUUGGUUGCCUUAAAGGAACCUCUACAACGUUUUGCUUGAUCGAUAUGAUCAAAGCGAUAUGAUCAAUGACCCAAAGCGAUAUGAUCAAUGACCCAUCGAUAUGAUCAAUGACCCAAAGUUGCUGGCCCUUGGCGUCAGAUUGUCGCUUAUUCCAUGGAUAUGCAGCUUUCUCUCAAAUCGCCGUCAAUCGGUAAAGAUCGACAAUUUCCAAUCUGACUGGGGCAUCAAUAACGCAGGUGUCCCUCAAGGUUCAAAACUGGGCCCUAUUUUGUUCAUAAUUAUGAUCAACGAUCUUGAACUGGCAUCCUCUAGCACUGACCAUUGGAAAUACGUGGAUGACGUAACAAUAUCGGAGUCCUUAAAGAAAAAUGAAGUUUCAGUCCUACAAUCUGAUCUUAACACAAUUGAAAGAUGGUCUGUUAAUAACAACAUGAAAUUGAACGGAAAGAAAUGCAAAGAAAUGAUAGUGAGUUUCGUCCGUAGCGAGAAUGACAUCCCCCGACUCCUCAUUGAUGGUUUACCUCUAGACUUAGUUCCUUCUUUCAAAAUUUUUGGCUUAACCAUGAACAAUAAAUUGAAAUUAGGGAUGAGCCGAUACCAGAAAAAAGCCGAUUCGCCGAUCCGAUAUAAAAAAAUAAUCGGCCGAUUAAUCGGCUAUGGCCGAUAUUUCUGUGUACCGGGGUACAAGCGCCGGAUAACGGUUUUUUGACAACUUUUAAUACUUGUGUAUACGCCACAAACUGACAUACUAGUUUUAGUGUGUUCCGGAAAAUAUUUACUCAUAUUGGACAGUUAUAUAUCGGUCGCUGUACGAGUCAAAUGAAUUAAUGGAUAUGGGAUUAAAUACGUGCAACAAAAGUGUCAAAAACAAGACGGAGGGUAGAUUACUAGAUUAUAGAGGUAUUUUUCUUAAAAAAACGAAAAAAUUGCGAAUAUCGGCAAAUAGCCGAUUAUAAAAAAUAAUCGGCCGAUUACCGAUUAUUUUGAAAACGCCAAAUAUCGGCCGAUUUAUCGGCCGUACCGAUUAAUCGGCUCAUCCCUAAUUGAAAUGGCAAGAUAACACUGAAGCGCUAGUUAAAAAAGCCUCAAAACGCUUAUACAUUAUUCGUGUCCUACAGCGCUGUGGUCUUCCCCCCAAUGACCUCUUAUUAGUCUACUUUUCUAUGGUGCGCUCUAUCUUAGAAUAUGCCUGUCCUGUCUGGCACACCAUGUUACCAAAGUGUUUGGGGGAUAAAAUUGAAAAAGUUCAAAAAAGAGUUUUCCGCAUUAUUUACCCGACAACAGAUUACGAGGAUGCUCUCAACAUCGCUAAAUGCAAGCGCCUUGUCGACAGACGUCAAGAGCUAUGUGCGAAAACUUUCAAGAAGAUCUUAAAACCCAAUGCUCACCUCAACCACCUCUUACCCCCACUCCGUGAAGAAUCGCAUGAACUGAACAUAAGAAACAAUUCUAACUUCACAUUAACUAAAUGCAGAACGGAACGUUUUAAAACUAGUUUUAUACCAGCAAUGACUGCUAAUUUUAAUAGUAAAUAAUUUGUAGUAUUUUAACAACUGUACAUAUACGAUAUAUCUAUAUUUAUAUUAUCUGAUAUUCAUCCUUUAUUAUGUUUCUAUAAGCAUAUUGCAAUUCACCUUCGGGUGCCAAAAUGUGUUUUUUAAUAAACCUUUAAUUAUAAUGCGCCCAGCCGUUCCCUCCAAGAGAGCCCCAACAGGGAACGGCUGGGACCGAGCCUAUAGAAAGCUUUGUAGUAGUAAAUUUACGUGGUAUUUCCACAAACAGAAAGUUUUAUGUAUCAUUAUCUCCAAUCUUCAUUCCUGUUUCAUUCCCAAUCAUUAAUUCAUUCCGUUGCCUGGUUCUGGUUAAAAUAAAUAAUAAAAAGCGAUGUUAAAAUGUGCGUGUAUUUUAUGAGGGAAAUCUUUUUUUUCAUAGGCGUACCAUACGGGCUGACUGCUGUUGCAGCUCUAUGAUUGGUCGAUAUGUUAGUAAUUAAAAUAACUUUGAUCAUUAAACAUUUCGGCAAUGGAAAAUUACAACACAGCAUACAACGUUUACAUCCUAACCUGCGUGAUGAUGAUCAUCAUCCGAAUCAUCGCAUGAACAUAGUCACAAACAUCUAUGCUUUGUUUUAUUGAGGUCUCCAGCGCUUGCACGUUAUCUUUUAAUUCUUACUUGUCUGUUGAAUGUCCUGCAAAAGCUUACUAAUUAACCCUCGCUUUAAUACACAACCGCAUUGGUCUCAAAUUAGUUCGCAUUUGCAUUCUAAUGAAUUAAUUUCACAUCUGCUAAAAAAAUAAACACGUUAUUUACCGGUAUCGUUGGUUCGAAUGAGAAAAACUGCGCCCUCGGUUUUGAAAACGUCCCGCGCCCUCUAGAUCUCGGGCACAAUUUUUCUUAUCCGGACCUCGCAGCCGGUUAAUAACACAUAUAUACUCUAGAAAGUGUGAUCAGUGUGAUUAUGGUUAUCUCUGCAUGGUAUACAUGCUGUCACUUAUUUCAGCGUAUUGAUGAGUACAGAACGAUCACGGUAGGGAAGAAUGCCAUGUAGAGUAGGACAUGAGAUAAGAUUAGUUUAACGGUGGACAUAAGAGUUUUCAAGUACUUCAAGCACAAACAAAUUUCAAGCUUCAAACGAGUUUGAUUGUCUUGUUUUUUAAAUAUUGUUCAAUAUUAAGCAAUUGAAGUCUAGCUUGAAUGGUCAAUCGGACUCGUUUUAAUUUUCAAAAAUUUCUGUAUUUUCUUCUUUUUUCAGCUGUUGCAAAUCAGGGAUGCCCGAAAGGCUGGAAGAACUACGACAAUUCAUGCUAUCUUCUUGUCAUGCGAAAAAUGAAUUGGGGGGACUCCAGAGCUAACUGUUUGGCAUAUGGAGGGGACAUGGUUUCUAUCCUUGAUUCCUCGGAAGUUAGAUUUAUUUACCAACAAACAAGUGCCAUUAAAAUCUCUAGAUUUUGGAUAGGAUUAAUCCGUACGAAAAUGACUAGUGAUCCAAAGGAUGGCUGGAUCUGGAGUGAUGGUAAUAAUAUUACAUAUCCUCUGCAGUGGGGACCCGGCGAGCCAAAUAACGACCAGAAUAAUGAACAUUGUGCUGAAAUUUUGCCCGGGAAGUCAUGGUGGAAUGAUAAUGAUUGUGCAAGAGAAUAUGCUUCGAUUUGCAAAAGGAAAAAGGGUAAUUUACACAUGCUUUUCUUACACAAUACCGAGUGUAAUAUAUUGUAUAUGCAUAUAACACCUGUUUACGACAAAUGCUUAGGAAUGCUUUCCUCCCGACUAGUUUUAGCCUGCGAACAGGCCCUGGGUUACGGGCGGCGCGAAGAAUAGAGGGCCUGCACGCGGAACUACAGGUUUUCUUAGUAGUGGCGUUCGUAUAGAAACGCAGGCUUCUGAUUGGCUUACACUCGUUGACAAAAUUACUAAAAAUAGCAAAUGUUAACAACAGCAUUUUGAAGAAUUUGAACUUUAUUCAUUUUAAUAUUAUAUAUUAUAAGACUAUCGAACAAAUAGAACUAGAAAUGGAAACCAAAAGCAAUAGCAAAGCAUCCCAGCAAAAAAGUCGAUCAUAAAUGACUUGAAUCUAUCGCUUAAAUCCAAUACGCGAAACUAUAACAGUAUUCUGAACUUCGUCUUCGGAUUGACAUCAGACUAUAGUAUAGUACAUUUUGAGGUCGUCGUGGCUUCACGGAUUAUUCUCAUUAGUGAGCAAGUCAGCAAGCGAAGGCAUACAAAAGAUACCCAAAUAUGUACGAAUAAUUAUAUUGUUGAUCCUCGCUGGCAUGUCAUUUAGAUAAAUAUAUAUCGUACAUUAAACGUUGUACUAUUUACUGUAUAAACUGCUGACAAUUUCGACGUCGAUACGGCUUCCACUACUGGCACACUCGUGAUUUCGAAGAAAUUAAUAAAUACAUGCUCAUUUAUCAUUUAUUUAGACAACAGCUAGUAAAAUUUUAGACGUAUUCGGUAUUCCAAAUCCGAAUCUAUCUGACCGUAUUUUAGUAAUCUUCAAAUAUUCAGAACAUUGUUCUUUCAGUCGCACCAUAGUACAAGUAUUACUGUACAUACAAUGCCAAUGGUAGUAUUUUAUUCGGCUUUAUUUUUGUAUGUGUAUUGAUAUCUAUUUAAUAUUUGAAGAAUUCUAUAUUUUUCCGUGUAAUAUAUUGUGCGGCCCGCUAAUGCUUUGUAUUAUUGUUCAUAUAUACAUUAUGUAUACAUUUUAAUAUUCAGUAUUUCUUUGUUGCACAAUGUACACGCCUUGCGUCAAUUUGACUUUUGACAGUUUAUUUAUCGCAGUCGACGCUGAUUGGUUCGCGUUUAGCAGAUGCGAAAAGGGGAUGAUUGAAUAAAACGCAUGGUUCCGUGCAGGCUCACCUUUCUCCCAGUGCGCAUGUUCGCAGGCUAGACUAGUUUCAAUUAACUUGUUUAAUCAAGACUAUCAUCAUUGGCCGAAUAGUCAGGCUGAGUACGCUGAAGUUCCGGGCUUUCUAGAAGCCAGCGCUUUUUAG